AUGGCUUCCAUCUUCCGUCUAGACCGCCGAAGCGGCCAGACCUACUUUGAAACUGAGAUGACUCCGAUUCAUCCCCACGGUCCGGCCUGGGUGCACGAGACCCCCUACCUACCGGAAGGGUGGGAGUCGACGAGCAGAGUCGGCGCCCCGACGCUGAAACACUCCGCCAUGAUACAGACCCUCUCGAACCAGCGGAAUCUCGUGCCCGGAUUGUUUGUGAACGUUCCCUGGCCGAUCGCGAGUUAUUUGUGGGAUUGUCUUGGGAGGAGUCGGAAACGGACCCUGUAUAUGUGGAAGGUGUUUGCUACCGCGUAUCCCGAGGAGUUCGCGCGGGUCGCGCACUAUCGGUCCAUGAAGAUCGGAGGUCUGAGGCUCUCGCUCCGGGAUUACCUGGGCAUGGCGAAGAGCGAGACGCUGAAAUGGCGCGCCGUCCUGACGCUGGGGUCGUUGUUCGCGACGAUCCCAGAGCUGGUGGAGAUCUCGGACGUCAGGAACCUGGUGGCUCUGGAGGUUGCGACUCAGACUCAGGUGGGCGCGAUACGUCUCGCGGAUGGUCCCGACGCCGACAUAGAAGAGACGCAGGGGACAGCGCUGAAUGAUCGCAUCGUGCGGACUUGGAGCGAGAGGGCGCGCACGACGGGGGCGUUGGCCCAUCUGCGCGUCCUGCGCGUCUACUACCAGGCGGAUCUGUCGAGGGCAGCGCUGCGCUAUCUGGCGCAAUUGCCGGCCCUGCGGUUCAUCGUCGCCUACGAGUGUUCGGGGCUUUUGGGUUGUAUGCGCGAAGGCGAGGUCGUAGAUGGCUGGGAAAAGAGUUCCUUUGAGCCAUUCCUCUCGAAAGAUCUCUACUCGUCGUACCAGGCUAGUCUGUCUGGCGACGUGGAUAGCGAGCCGUCCACCGUGGGACCGAAUUGUCCUGUGUUGGAUUUCCAGCUGGGAGGCAGGAUGGAUGCGUUGCCGUUGACGAGUGCUCGGGGUCGGGCCAAGAUGCUGUGUUUACGACGCACCAGGGCAGAGGCUGGACCCGCCACGAAAAGGUUAAAAGUGACACGCCCUGUUGAAGCUGGACCCCGGAAACCAGUGAUGAAGGAUCGUCGGGCCAAGGAUCUCAGCGAUGUGCUGGGGAAUUUUCUUGGGGGAAUGUAG